CUCAAAGCUUUUGGCAAAUGGAUAAAACUUAUUUUGUGAAAAAGUCGCGUUGGGUUAUUUUCGAUAAAAAUUUGAAAAAGAAUUGUACGCCUGCGCCCUACAACAAAGUUGCUUCUUCGCUGCCUUGACAAAAAUUACAAAAAAUCGGAAGCAAAUAUACGUUCUUUGGUAUUGUGAUGUUUUGGAACUAGCCUUUACUCCUCCGGUAAUUGGCUUGUAACUUAGUGAAUCUUUUAACGAACACUGUAUUGUCGUGUAGUAACUGAAUGGAAUAACCUAUAAUAUAUGUUUACUCUUAUCAGCUGACUUAAAACUGUCACUGCCAAUAUGUUUGUUAUUGGACAUUAAAUUUUACUUCAUAACGAUAGUUCUCUAUAUUCUCUACUUUAUACUCUGUGUUCUAAGUAUACUGUAUUUGAAAUGAACAUUUUACUACGGUUGUUACAAACUUUAGUACAAAAAAUGCUUGCACUUUUGUCGUUUAGUCAGAAAACUAUCACGAAUUCGCUGAGUAUAUAUAUAAAAACUAAUACUGGACGAACUUUAUCUGUGAACUUGGAACCUCAAUGGGAUAUAAAAAACGUAAAAGAAAUCGUAGCACCACAGCUGGGAUUACAACCGGACGAGGUAAAAAUAAUUUUCGCCGGUAAAGAACUCAGUGACGCAACUACUAUACAGGAGUGUGAUUUAGGCCAGCAGAGCAUAUUACAUGCUAUACGAAGUAGGCCGAAUGCAGAUCCUAAGCGUCAGCGCUUGCAUUCCAUCCUGAUGGAAGAGGAAACACAGGAUGCAACGGGUGUAUCUUCGCUUACUGGCAGAACAGCUCCUUUGCUCACAGAAGAGCCAUCGAAACCGUUAUGUGAAACUUUAGUUGACUUGCAAUUAUUGAGUGAAGAACGAGUAAAUAUUAAUGAGGAAGACCGACAACGGUCUAGGGCUCACUUUUUCGUACAUUGUUCGCAGUGCAACAAGCUGUGUAAAGGAAAGCUGCGUGUACGUUGCUCACUAUGUAAGGGGGGUGCCUUUACAGUACAUCGGGACCCUGAUUGUUGGGAUGAUGUAUUGAAACCACGUCGCAUACCUGGUCAUUGCGAAAGCCAAGAAAUUGCAUGCUUCGACAAUGCUACUGGCGAUCCACCAUACACAGAGUUUUACUUUAAAUGUGGUGAACAUAUUUCUGGUGGUGAAAAAGAUUUUGCUGCGCCAUUGAACCUAAUAAAAAUAAAUAUAAAGGACGUUCCUUGCUUAGCGUGUACAGAAGUAAGUGAAACCGUCCUCGUAUUUCCUUGUGAAUCGAAACACGUAACCUGCAUAGACUGUUUUGAGCAAUACUGUCGAUCACGCCUGUCCGAGAGGCAAUUUAUGCCCCAUCCGGAUAUUGGGUACACAUUACCUUGUCCAGCGGGUUGUACAGAUUCUUUUAUUGAGGAAAUUCAUCAUUUUAAACUUUUGUCCCGAGAAGAAUAUGAGCGUUAUCAACGAUUUGCAACAGAGGAAUAUGUCUUGCAGGCAGGUGGCGUAUUGUGUCCACAGCCGGGAUGCGGUAUGGGUUUGUUAGUGGAACCAGAAUGUAAAAAAGUCACAUGUCAAAAUGGAUGCGGGUAUGUCUUCUGUCGUAAUUGCUUGCAAGGAUACCAUUUGGGUGACUGCUUACCGGAAGGUACAAAUUCUCACACGAGCGGCUCUUGCGAUUAUGCUGUUGAUCCAAAUCGUGCGGCUGAGGCACGUUGGGACGAAGCGAGUAAGGUGACUAUCAAAGUCAUGACUAAACCAUGUCCGAAAUGUCGUACACCCACUGAGCGCGACGGCGGUUGUAUGCAUAUGGUAUGCACACGAUCAGGCUGUAGUUUCGAAUGGUGCUGGAUUUGUCAAACAGAGUGGACUAGAGACUGUAUGGGCGCCCAUUGGUUCGGAUAAGAGUUUAAUUAUUAUUUAUUGUAAAUAUUCAAAGUGUGUACAUAUGUAGGCAUAAAGUAAUUGAUCUAAACAUGUUAAAAUUCGCAAAAGCGAAUUCAAGAGGCAGUCGAUAAAAAAGAGAUAAUAUUUCUUUCGAAAGUUGUAUAUUUAUUAUUGUUGUUGUAAUUAUUAUUUAAUGUAAAUAUUCAAAGUAUAUAAGUAGGCAUAAAGUGAAAUUACCCUAAACAUGUUAAAAGUUCGCAAAAGCGAAAUCAAGAGGAAUAACGUUUUUUCCGCAGAUAGUAGUUAUUGUUUACCGAAAUUGGAGAAACCUGUUAAAUAAUGUUAUUAAAUGAUUCGAUAGUCUUCGAAUGCCUCACUCUACAAAA